UUCUCAAGCAGAAGAGAGCACACACGGUUUUCAUCCGAAGCGCUCCUCGUUGCGCGGUUAGUUUGCGUGUUUUUAGCGCACAACAGUUGUGACAUGAGUCGUAUGAAUGAAGAGCAGAUCAGAAGAGCACUCGAAAAGCACAAAGGACAUCCUUCUUUCUACUGACCAGGCUGUUGGGAUUUGGGAAAAGUCGCUUUAUCGUGAAUGAUAGCAUCAUAUACUUAUCGACAUUGACCGACAGCUCUGUGAACUGAGAUGGACGACACAAAGUAACUGUAGUUAUAACUGUAUAAGUCUCUACAGUCCCGUGUUGGAGGUUCUUCAUCAUCGUCAUCAUGAUGGUGAUGGAGAGGACUCUCCUCGCGGCGCGUCAGGGGGAUGUUCAGACUCUGAAGGUCCAGUUGGCGGAGGGGGUCCUCAACAGCGAUGUGAAGGACAUGCUGGGAGCGACGCCCGUGCAUCACGCCGCCCGCACGGGAAAGCUCACCUGUUUGCGCUAUCUGGUUGAGGAAGCGGGUUUAUCGACCACGAGCCUGGCGCGCAACGGCGCGAGCCCUGCGCACGACGCCGCGGCCACGGGCAACCUGAGCUGCUUACAGUGGCUCGUGACUCACGGAGGAUGUCGCGCCGCCGACAAGGACAGCUCAGGGGCCACCAUCCUGCACCUGGCCUCUCGUUUCAGCCACCACGACAUCAUUCAUUGGUUGUUGAAAAGUGGGGAGGGGGAUCCUACUGUUGCCACGGAUACGGGGGCGCUGCCUGUUCAUUAUGCUGCAGCUAAAGGGGAUUUGGCCUCUCUCCGGCUGUUACUGGAGCACAGCCCACAAGUUGUCAAUUUUCAGACGAAGAAUGGUGCCACACCGCUGUAUCUUGCGUGUCAGGGGGGUCACCUGGAGGUGGUUCAGUAUUUGGUGAAGGACUGCGGGGCGGAGCCAAGUAUCAGAGCCAAUGAUGGCAUGACCCCGCUGCACGCCGCCGCACAGAUGGGAAACAACACCGUCAUCGUCUGGCUGAUGAGUUUCACUGACAUCAGGUUGACUGACAGAGAUAAUGAUGGAGCUACAGCCAUGCACUUCGCAGCCAGUCGUGGACACACUAAAGUUCUCAGCUGGCUUCUGCUGCAUGGAGGAGAGAUGGUGAUGGACAACUGGGGUGGAACGCCUCUUCAUGACGCAGCUGAGAACGGAGAACUGGAGUGUUGUCAGAUUCUAGUGGUGAAUGGAGUGGAUUUGGGAACACGAGACCAGGAUGGAUUCUCAGCGGCGGAUCUGGCCGAGUACAACGGGCAUCACCAGUGUGCCAAGUACCUCCGCACGGUUGAGAACAUGAGCGUGGAGCAUCGUGUGCUGUCCCGGGACCCUUCAGCAGAUCUGGAGUACAAGCAGCCGGACUCGGGUCUGUCCUCACCCAACGCCACCCUAAACACCGAAGCAUCUCCUGCGGGCCGCUUCCACGUCUCCUCACCCUCCAGCUCGCUGUCCAACUACGACUCAGCCAACAGCAGUCAGACGAGCACCGGAGAGAAGAGGAACGGCCCGCCUCCUUCACGAGCGCCUGCAGCUGCUGGAGAUUCAGUCAUCACAGACAUGCAGGCGUACAUGGACAUGCUGAACCCCGACGUAACAGAACCUGCACACCUGCCGCCCCCUCCCACCUUCCCCCCACCCCCACCUCCAUCAAACGUGCCCCCCCCACCCAAAACACCCCAGGAGGACGAGACGGCGUCGGCUGAGUACCUGAAGGUGAAGAGGAAUCUACGGCGGGUGGAGACUGAUGGAGGAAUAAAAGAGCUGAAUCCUGUCGAGAAGCACGACAGACUGCGAAGAGUCGACUCCAAUCGAAAGUCUCGCAGCUUCAGUAAGCAGCCGAGCACUGGGGAUUACUAUAAGAGUUUGGGCAGCGACGCUACGGAGCAGCACCUCGGCAGAGCCAUGGCGCCCAAUGAGGAGGGUUCUGCUCUGGUGGACGAGCCGGCAGACACCACCCCUGCUCCAGAGAACGGCACGGGAACGGCAGAGGAUCUACCCCUUCCCCCUCCACCCCCUCCCCCACCCGCCAGCUCCUCUGUCCCGACUCCACCCCCACCACCACCCCUCCCCUCAGGGCCAUCCGCCCCGCCCCCACCUGCCCCGGCUCUGCCCCCAGCAGCACCAGCUCCGCCCCCGGGCGCCCCUGUACACGCCUCUGACCAGCGCCGGAUGUCUAACUCAUCCAACAGCAAUAAAUCCUUUAACAUGAUGUCCCCCACUGGAGAUAACUCGCAGCUGUUGGCUGAAAUUAAAGCGGGGAAGAGUUUAAAGCCGACCACUCAGAGUAAAGGCUACACCACCGUCUUCUCCAACAACACCCCAGCGGGGACUAAUGGAGACCAUCCGUCGUCUCCGCCAGAGCCUCUGCCAAAACCCCAGCUCAACGACGCCCAAUCCCCAAAGCCAACGGAGUCUCCGCCGGCCACGCCACCCGCUCCCACACCCUCAGCCAGCGGCGGCUCGCCCCCCAGCCUGUCCGGCUCGCUGAGCCCCGAGCAGAUCGCCCUCGCCGUCAAUGGAAACGCUGCUCCCGCUCAGAGGAAAACCAGCGCGGUGGACGUAGAAAGUCUGGUGCCCACCCACGAUGAGCAGGGCCGGCCCAUCCCCGAGUGGAAGAGACAAGUGAUGGUGAGGAAGUUACAGGUGAAGAUGCAGGAGGAGGAGGAGAACAAGAAAAAGGAUGAGGAGGAUGCGGCGCGUCUGGCGUCCCUGCCGGCCUGGAGGAGAGACAUUAUGAAGAAGAAGAUGGAGGAAGAGAAGAUGGACAGGGAACAGAAGAGAAAAGAUGAGGAACAGCGACGGAUGGAGAAGGAGAACGAGGAAAAGUCGGAACUGGAGCGACUACGAACGCUGGGCUACGACGAAACCAAACUGGCACCCUGGCAACGGCAGAUCAUCUUAAAGAAAGGCGACAUAACGAAACAAUAGAGUUCAUCCAUUCACACCUGACAGACCCUUUUAUUACACGUAAAGCACAGACGGUGGUUUAGCAGACAUCCUUCUGUUUGUUCCACCACACGUCACUUCUCAGUAUCAAAUAUGAGAUUCAGCUCUGAAGAUGAGCGAUAGAGAGAUGAAUAGUAAAGAAUCACAGCGUCUUAUGUAACCCGUCGGCUUUACCCUUCACACACAAACUCACUUCAGCUCUCUAGUAGUAUUGAAUGUCUACAUAGGUAAAAACACAUACGUUGGCUUGUAAACAUCUAACUUUGGUAUUUCACAUGCUCUAUCAAAUCUAUCAAAUAUGAUCAAUGUACCACACACUUCUUUAUUUCUUACACUGAUUCCUUUUGCUAAAUGAAUUUUACAUAUGUGAGAGUAUGGAUACUGAUUAUUCCCUCAUGAUAUAUAAAUGUAUAUAUAAAAUGCAAAUAAACUUUCAAGCUAUUUUAGAUAGUUGAUAGAUGUAGCAAGUCAAUCUCUAACACAAAAUGACAGAUAUUGUCCAGAAGGUGGCGUCAUUGGCCACCGUGAGUCUGAAAAUACCUAAUAUCAGAUGCCGUCAUUGACUGAUGUUGAUAAAAACACGAAGAAAACGUUUGAAAGGAGCCAACGUCAUGUAUCGUUCUAUCUAGUGCUCAAGAGAGCUUCGGUGAGAAGAGUUUACUGUGGGAUGCUUGUCAGGAAUGCGCUUCAGUCCUCAGAAUAAAGCAGUAAACAGAUAUUUUGGGGCGAAAACACGCAUCACCUCUUCCUGCUCUGCUCGUCGAUUGAAUCCUGCUAUAUCUGUUCAUAUAUAUAUAGAGUAAGUAGAUGGAUGUGGAUGUGUACGUACGGUGCGAGUGUACAUGCGUGUGCAUACACGUGCAUUGAUGUUACUUGUGUGUUGUACGCCGUGCGAUGGCCAGAGUCGACGUGUUUUGAGUGUUUGUUCGGUUCAGUUAUGAGUAUAAGAGAAAUGCAUGAAUUACUUCUGUGAGCUUGGGAACAUUCUGCUUUCUUCAUCAGAUGCCAUAAUGACAACAUGACGUCAUUGCCAUUAGAAGAUUUUCUAUUUAUAAAUCCUCCAUGUUUUAGUCCUGUAAUAGACGACGGUCAGUUUCCGUGUAUUUCCUCAUUUCGGCCUGGCAGUCUGUCAUUGUAAACUUUUAUCGUUUUCCCAAUGACAGAGUUCAUUUAAUAAAAGUUUAAGUAACA